CAACAAUAUACGCAGUAAGAGCCACACUGGCCUCUAGCGGAAGCGUCUGAGAAGUGCAGAACUGUUGCAAUGGCAACCAUCACAGAGUUGAAGAGCGCUUUGAGAGAGACCCUGGAGGCCCGAGGGGUCCUCGGACAGCUGAAAGCGAGGAUCCGGGCGGAGGUGUUCAGCGCGCUGGACGAUCAGAGCACGCCGCGCCCGCCGCUGUCCCAUGAGAACCUGCUGAUCAAUGAAAUGAUCCGAGAAUACCUGGAGUUCAACAAGUAUCGAUACACUGCAUCGGUGCUGACCGCAGAAUCAGGUCAGCCUGAAGUUCCACUAGAGCGGGAGUUUAUGGCCAAUGAGCUCAAUGUGGCAGAAGAUUCAAGUGCCAAAGCAGUACCGUUGUUGUAUGGAUUGCUCCAUCAUUUCCUUAGCAGUAAGGAAGAGCACAAAGGAAAACUCUUCCUAAGAGGCUCAGCAACAGUGUCUUCACAAGAACCACAUGCUCAUCAUAAUGCAGAGUCAUGACGCUGAGCUCUACAGUCAUCUGGAUCCAACACACAAGAGGAAUUCAUAUGAUCACAAUUAAAACAAUUUUCAUUAAAGAGGCCAAAAUAUUCUGUCCAGCUUAUUCUGGUUAUAGAUAUUGAAUGUAUUUAUUUUUGUGUUUUUUAUGUUGUUUUUUGUACUUCUAGUAAUAGUUUUAUGAAUAAAACCAUUGUGAUUGUUCAGUUUAGCUUCUAAGCUGUGCAAACAAUGCAGUAUACAAUAUAGUCAUAUUUCACAUCAAUUAAAUUGUCUUGACGUCCAGUUAACUGAUUUUGAAUUUGAUAUGUUUGUAUCUUCUUCUUUUAAAAGCUGUUAUAUGCAAUAUUAAAUUGACAUUUGCUGUAUAAUAACAGGAUUAUUUUUGUAUACCUCUUUUUAUUUCUUACUAUUUUUAGCUAAUGUCAACAAUGAAAAGCAUGCAAAUUGUGGUAAUUUCUGUACAUGUUGAGUGUUUUGAUUGUUUAUCUUAAAUGGUAAAACUUCCAAAACAAGUCUGGAUUGUUGGCUAGCUUUUAAAAUAAGUGUUUCUGGUGAGGACCCAGAUCCUUGAACUUUACAUUUUGAACAUUCUUUCUUUUGAUUGGUUUUCAUCCUUUACUUUCUUAUCAUCUUGCCAAAGCCAGUCUUUCUAGAAAUGACACUUGAACAUCACAGACAUUUAAAUCUGAUGUGAAUAUCAGUGUUUCUUACUUAAGCUGUUCUCACUUCAAACCUAGAAUUGUCCAGUGGAUUGUCUGUUUCUAAAGAAAGCAUAUUUUGCUUCUUAUAGAGAAUCUCAGUUGUGUUGUUGCAUGUUUGGCUUUUUUCACCUUAAAGCAGCAAAGCUCACAAACACUGUAAACAACAUCCAUUGCCAAGUUCUUCAAAUUUCCUAAUUUUCCUUAAAAGGUAAGUCACUUCAUACUCACUCAAUACUUCACUUAAUAUGUUUAGCAUUUCACACUGAAUAUUAUCACAGACCAGGGUAAUAAAGCAGUUUCCCAGAAGGUUAAUGCAGAGGUUUUCCCAGUGCAUUGUUAGGGUACGUUUUCGUUCAGUAAAAGGUUAUCAUCAACAGAUAGAUCAUGUGAAACAAUUUGAAUAAAUAUGAGCAGACAAAUAUUUACUUGCUCUCCUGCUGCUAAGUUGGAACUACGCUCCAGCGAAGACAAAUAAAUCCAAACACAUGACCCUCUAAAAUAGUGUGUACCUAUGUAUGUAUGAGAACUGAAUGUGCAUGUAAAAAUUUGUAGUAACGUUUUAAUUCACUAUACAUGUGAUUUUUUUUUUUUUGUUUUUGUUUUUGUAUGUCCAGAAGCAAAGCCACAACAAAAUUGCCGUGCUUGUGACACUAAGUGGUACCAUACGCACCUUGUAGUAAGAUUUUGUCUAAUAAGGUGAUGACAUUCUCUUAUUAAUGUAGGCAAAUCUUAAUGCUCCAGUUACUCCAAACGGCUUCAGUCCAAAUGAAUUUUUGGAUGAGUCUCAGGAGACUGCCUACCCUGAACAGCCAGUGCUUCACUUAGCUUUAAUCUAGUACAUAUUUCUCAUUCCCUCCUCUUCUUCAGACACACUGUCAGGACUAAUUCCUGAGAUAGUGUUCUUGCACUAAGGGUACAACUAAGCAUUUAGACAUAGUAGGACUUCAGUUGGCUUUAAAGCCAAACUCAUGUCCAAAUCUGUAUAUUUUAUCUUCUUUCCUACAUUUUAUUGUUUUUCACCUACUGAAAAUAAAAAAACUGUUC